UGCGCAUGUGUUUGUUUUAAUUUACUUUUCUGCAAAGACCCGCAAGACAGCAACAGGAGGAGUGCAAAUGCAAACUGCAUCUGCCUCUUCAUCACGUCUGCCUGCCAUAGCUGUUUCUGUUUGGCAAAUUUUCCAGAGGUUUUUUCAGUUUUGUAAGACUUUCAUCCAGACCUUAAAAUGUUUCAGCCAACAAUGAUGAGCAUCUUCAGCAACUGGGACUUAAAUCCAGCAACAAUCAAAAAUUCACAACUAGCGCUUGAAGAAAGAGAAUGGAAGCGCUCAGGUGAUGUGUUGUCCGACUACCUUCACCUGUUUGAAUCCUCGUCCAUGUACGACUGCACCUUCCGAGUGGAAGCUUCAUCGAAAACUUUGAAUACUAAACCUGAAGUUAAGGUCUUCAAAUGCCACAAACUGGUUCUGUCUGUUGCAAGCAAGGUGUUUCAAAUCAUGUUUUACGGAGACUUUGUAGAGGCGAGCAAAACACCAGAUGAUGAAAUUGUCAUCGAUGACACACUUCCAGCUGUUUUUGAGACAGCAAUGAGGUUUGUUUACGGCCGUAAAAUGGAUUUCAAAAAUGAAGUGAUUGCUGCUCAAGUCUACAAGUUUGCCAACAAGUGGCAAAUUAUCAGCCUUAUGGAUGCUGCCGACUUGUACCUGGAGAAAGUGUCACCUGAAAAUGUUGCCUUUGUUUACGACAUUUUCAAAGAGUGUGGAAACAAGGAAGGCUUGGAGAGAUGCAUGAAGGUGAUUACUGAGAACACUCGAGAAGUGCUACGCAGCCUGCGCUGGUGUGACGCAUCUGCAGAACUGGUCACAGAUGUGUUGAGCCAGCAAGACCUCUGCAUCGAGAGCGAAUGUGAAUUGCUCGAAGGUCUCUUUUGGUGGGGCGAAGCACAAGUGAAGAACAGAAUUGAGAAACCAUCAGAUGCUGAGGUGAGAGAGGCCAUCAACAAACCUCUGCAGAAGAUCCGCUUCCUAACAAUGGAACAACAAGAAUUUGCUGACUUCUGCCUGAAGAGCAGUAGUAACAUUUUGAGUGUAGAAGAGAAAUUUUACAUCAUGAUGAGUAUUACAACUGGAUCUAUGAAAAACUUCCCAAAGAACUUCAGCAUUGAGAAAAAACUUAGAGCAACUGUUAAGUCUACUGCACCUGAAAAAUUACUUUGGCUCAAUUUGCAGGCCAAUAAGUAUACUGAAAUCAAUUGUGAUAACAAUUGCUUAGAAUUCAGCGCAAACAAGAGGGUCAUAUUUGUAGGAUUUCAAUUGAAGUCGCUCUCUGCAUAUUAUUCAGGAAAUAAUUAUGGCUAUAGAAAACCAUACCUAGAAUCAUUUGAAUUUACUGAUGCACUGGGAGUCAAAAUCUAUGAAGGCUCCACUAAAGAUUUUGACGAGAAACUGAACUUCUACAGAACAGGGUGGAAAAUUGUUCUUGAGGCUGGUGCCAGGUACAAGAUUAUUGUGAAACACAAGCGCAAUAUUGCUAAACCAAAAUACAUUUCCCAACAUUUCAAAAACUUGGUCAUUAAUGAAGGCACCUUGACUGUUCAAUUGUAUGGCGAAUACUCUGGAUCUGGAAUUGACACUUUGAUUUUUUCUUAAUUUUUGUCUUUGAAAAUAGUAAUAAUUCUCUCUGUAAAUAUACAACAAUAUUUUUGUCAAUUCUCAUUGUUCCAUCUCUCCUUUAAGAACCAUGAAUUUGAUAGACAGGUGGAGCCCCAAAUGGAGAUCGGACAAUAUCCUUUGGAAUCCGUUCAAGUUUGUGUGUCACAAAAUGAUUAAAUUUUGCCCUCAUAAAUAAACUAAAUUUUUAUGAAAUACACUU